AUGGAUCAUAAAAGACAUCAUAAACACUAUCAAGAUAAAGAAGAAUUUAUUUCAUCAAAAGAACAAACACCAACAAAAACUUCAAAUCAACAAAAAUAUAAAAAUGUUAGCAGAAAUACUUUAAGAAAAGUUCCAGACAGACCAUCACCUCCUCCUCCAAAUAAUAAUUCUCCAAUUAUACCUCCAUUAUAUGUUGGACAUAGACCUUCACCACCUUUAGAGGCAAAAACUUCAGAUAAUAAAACAUCUCAAACAAGGACAACUUCGAAUGUUGGGGCUACAGUUGCUGCAUUAGCUGCUGUUUUAGCAACUGCCCCAACAGCCGCUGCUCGUCCAAAUUCUUCAAGAAAGGAAGGUGGAGGAUUACUUUCUGUUCCAAAUCAUCGACAAAAUUCUCGAAAUAAUUCUUCUGAUGGAAAUAAUCUUUUAUUAUCAAGAUCUGCUCCAAUGCUUGCAGCACAGAAUUCAACAGCUUCAACAAGUUAUCUUCGUCCAUUUGGUAAUCAAUCAUCUGCAGUUUCCUUUCAUUCCUCUCCAAUUUCCCCAAGUUCUUCAACUAACGUUGUUGGAAAUAAUUUCUCUUCUUAUUCUAAAACACCCUUAUCCUCUCAACCUCAAGGUACAAAUGUUGUACCCUUCUCUUCCUCAUCAACAUCCCUUCGUCGUUCAAUUCGCAAUGAAUUUGAUGCGUUUAAAAGAAGAAGUAUUUCCGAAUUAUCUUUAGUUUUGGAAGUAUUAAAAACAGCUACUAAUAGAACAAAAUAUGGAGGGAUGCCUGACGAUGACAUUAAAAGAGAUUGUUGGGGAAGGGGAACAACAACUGAUGAUGAAUAUUAUCAAAUAAAUCAUGGAGGAGGAAACAGACAUUUUAUGCACACAGUAGGACCUGCAGAAUCUUCUUCUGGAAGUAUUUCAGCAGUUAAUAGCUUAAGGAGAAGCGGUUUUUAG